CGAUAUUGGUUUCAGCUUUUGUCUGGGGGCAGUGUUGUUAAGCGACAUUUUAAACUAGCGUGCUGUAGAAACAGUCCCAUCAUUUAGUCGCUAAUUUUUCGACGUGAAAAACCAAAGAGACGCCGAAGAAAUUAGAAAAUGGCCAGCACAGACAUCCCCAUGGAGGCAGCUGUGGAAUCGGCGACCGGCAUCACGCCCAAUUCAAAUGCGAACUCAAACAAUGUGGCGAAGAAGCUGCCCGCGGAGGGCUCCACCGGUGAUAAUCCCAAUGCGAAUGCCAACGCCGACGAGAUGACGUCCCGCGACUAUUACUUUGACUCCUAUGCCCAUUUUGGGAUCCACGAGGAGAUGCUCAAGGACGAGGUGCGCACCGUCACAUACCGCAAUGCCAUGUACCACAACAAGCAUCUGUUCCAGGGCAAGACCGUACUGGACGUAGGAUGCGGCACCGGCAUUCUGUCCAUGUUCGCUGCCAAAGCCGGCGCCGCUCAGGUGAUCGCCGUCGACUGCUCCAACAUUAUCGAGUUCGCCCGCCAAGUGGUUAUUGACAACAAUCUGCAAGAUGUGAUCAAGGUUGUCAAGGGCAAGAUUGAGGAGAUUGAGCUUCCAAAUGGUAUUGAGGGAGUGGACAUCAUUAUUUCCGAGUGGAUGGGUUACUGCCUCUUCUACGAGUCCAUGCUGGAUACAGUGUUGUACGCGCGGGACAAGUGGCUGAAGAAGGAUGGCAUGAUGUUCCCGGACAGGGGCACGCUGUACAUCACUGCCAUCGAAGACCGACAGUACAAGGACGAGAAGAUCAACUGGUGGGAUGAUGUCUACGGCUUCGACAUGAGCUGCAUCCGUAAGGUGGCCGUAACCGAGCCACUGGUCGACGUGGUCGAUCCCAAGCAAGUGGUAUCCACAUCUUGCAUGGUCAAGGAGGUGGACCUGUAUACCGUGCAAAAGGCAGAUCUCAACUUCUCGUCCAAGUUCAGCCUGUGCAUCAAGCGCAACGACUUCGUGCAGGCAUUAGUCACCUACUUCAACAUAGAGUUCACCAAGUGCCACAAGCGUCUUGGGUUCAGUACGUCCCCAGACUCCACAUAUACGCACUGGAAGCAAACCGUGUUUUACCUGGAUGACCACAUGACGGCCAAGAAAAACGAGGAGAUCACAGGCACGUUCCAGAUGAAGCCCAACGAGCGGAACAACCGUGAUCUGGACUUUGUCAUCGACAUUAAUUUCAAGGGCGAAUUGUCUCAAAUUCAGGAGUCGAACACAUACCGCAUGCGCUAGGGGUCGCCAUAACCAAUCCGAUCUGCUAUUUCAGAUGGGGCUCAGAGCCCUGCAGCGAGGAUGCAUACAAUGACUAGACGUAAGGUUUAUUCCAGUGCGAAAUGUGCAACGAAUUCGUGUUGCGUCUUCUAAGUUUAAAGUGUACCUUUGUUAGUAUACAUAAUAUUUUUACACUCGUGCGCCUGUUUAAAUUAUUAUCCGAACAUACUUCUAAGAAAGUUGUACAGCAGCACGUCAAUUCUCACAUAAUAAACAGUGCAUCAUGCACGUCCCCUUUUGCUGGAAA